UUCUCACUUAUUUGUUUGCUUGAAAAAGAGAUUCAAAUGAAUACAACCCUAACGAGCUAUGGCCGUCUUCAUCCUUAGUUGAACUGUUAAUUCCCGUAAGGCGUAGUCUAACUUUCAGCUUCGUAAGUGAGUUCAUUCUCGUCAUUGCCUUCAUUCUAAUUGGACCUUUGGUCAAUAGCAAAAUAAAAAAGGACUUUUGGCGGCAGUGAAUGCUAAAGCAAGUGUGCGUGCCUCGCGGAAAAAGUAGCGUGCAUGGUUCUGUUUUCGAUGGUGUGCAAUUCAAAGAGCAGCAUUUGUUUAUGGUGCAAUAAAAGACUACGUGCCUCCGGAUUAUCCGAUAAAAAUGACCAAAGAAGGGUCAUUGUUCACCAGCUCCCAAGAGGAAGCCUUAUUACAAGAAUAUAUGACAAUAAAAGAUUUCGAUGGACAGAUAGAUAUUGACCCCUUGCAGUUUACAUUUUCACUGGAUAAUCUAUCACAAGAACUAAAUAGCCAGCAACUGACCAACUGCAAUUAUAGCGAUGAACAGCAAAUUAAUAUCGACGAGAAAUUUACAUUGCAUCAAAAUAUUUCAAUAAUGCAACAUCCAACAGUAACUCCAAUAUUAGGGAAAGAAGAGUUCGCUGGUCAAUUUAACUUUCAAUUAAUUCUCAAUCAUCAAAAUAGUGGAAAGCAUUGGGUCUACUCGGAAAAGUUAUCAAAGGUGUUUAUACAUAUGGAACAAGUACUGCCUCUUCAAUUUCAAUGGACACCACCAGCGGAUGGUCUUUGGGUGAGAGCAACCAUGGUGUAUAAAUUAGAUCAGCACAGAUCUCAGCCUGUUCUCAGAUGUCACAAUCACAUGGCACCUGAUAAUAGUAGUAAUCGCAAUAUUGAUCCAAGACAAGUAAAGCAUGUAAUUAGAUGCCUUCACAAUACCAGUAGUUAUGAAGAAGCUGGAAAUGGGCAUUUAUCGGUUUUGACACCAUUGGGAAUGCCGGAGGCCGGAGUACAGAAUGUACCCAUGGAUUUUGUAUUUUAUUGUAAAAACAGUUGCACAUCAGGAAUGAAUCGAAGGCCAACCGAAUUAAUUUUUACACUUGAGACUGAACAGAAUCAGAUUUUAGGAAGACGCAAACUCGAGGUUCGAGUUUGCAGUUGCCCAAAGCGUGAUAAAGAAAAGGAGGAAGGUGAAAAUGAUGCUUCAGUGUCUAUCGGAUCUGGAAAGAAGCGGAAGGCAACAACACCAAUUCCUGUACUACCACCACCUGGAAAGAAAGUGUCCACCGACAAUAAAGUAUAUUCAUUAAAUUUAGAGGUUGUUGGUAGAGAGAAUGUAAAUGCUAUAAUCAAAUAUGCACAUGAUGUAAUGGCCGGUGCGGGAAUACGAAACGAUAACAUCGAUCUGUAUAAGCCGUAUAUGGACGAAGUAUUGCGAAAGUAUCAAUAACUCGAUUACCUGCAUGGAUUGUUUGUAAAAGAAUAUGAAAUAUCAAUAUGUGGUUUAUUCUAUUAAUUAAAAAUGUUAGAGAAACAUUUA